AUGAAUUCUAUUGAAUUCGAUUCGAUAAAUAAUCUUAAUGCAAUUCCUGACAAUGAAGAUUACAUCAUUCAGUAUUUAAUAAAUCGUCUAAAAACAGGAAAAACUUACACUUGGGUCGGUCAAAUUCUCUUAUCACUAAAUCCCCAAGAAAAUUAUUCUCCCGAAUUACAAUAUUCCUCGAAAAAUAAUUUCUUCGAUAAUAAUUUCCUCGAUUCAUCACAAUUUUUCCAAAAGAACAUUAAACCUCAUAUAUUUGCAGUUGUUGCAAAUGCGCAUUUUAAACUUCUAAACAAUCUCGGUCGACCUUCUCAGGUAAUUCUGAUAAGCGGUGACAGUGGCACUGGAAAAACUUUCAAUGCAAAUCAGGCAAUAAACUUUCUCGCAGCAAUUAAUAAAAGUUCAUCGACUUGUUUAUUGAAUGGAAAAAAAGGAGAAAAAUUUGUGGAAAAAAUUGUCAAGUCUUGUCCUUUAAUUACUGCAUUCAGUACAGCGAGUACGGAGAAAAAUUCUCAAAGUUCAAGACACGGGCAAUUAAUACGUUUUGAAUAUGAGAAGGGAAUUAUUUCCGGUGCUUCGAUUCAAUCGUUUCUCCUCGAGCGAACGCGUGUCACGAGAGGAAAUAAUAAUUUUAUCAUUUUUUAUCAGCUUCUCUUCGGAUCCUCAGACUCUGAACUCCAGAAUUUCGGUUUAUCGAAGGAAGAAACGUAUAAUUUACUGGGACAAAAUCCCUACGUCCAAAAUGAAAAAUUGGAUCAAAGUUUGCAAAAAACUCUAACAGCCAUGAGAGAUUUUGGUUUUUCCGAAAAAGAGAGAGAAGAAAUUCUCAAUAUUAUCGCUUUGCUGAUACAUUUGGGAAAUGUAAAAUUUAUCGAGACUGGCGACGGUUCGACAGCAAUUGAUAUUGAAAAUAAAGUUUCUAGAAAAGCUCUCGAAAAAGCGAGUGCACUGUCUGCAGUGUCAGAAAAUGAAUUAAACGAAUUAUUAACAACAACUUUGAUAAGCACUCAAAGUCAAUGGCGAAGACAUUCGACGUAUCGACGAAAUCUCGGCUUAAUUGAAAUUUGCCGAAAUCGAUUAUUCAGCAUUAUUCGUCACUUGUACGAUAAUUUAUUUCACUGGUUAAUAGAUCGUAUAAAUCAAAUUUUAUCCUCCGGAGAUGAGUAUCACAAUUGGUUGGGAAUAUUAGACAUUUUUGGAUUCGAAUCAUUCGCCAUAAACGGUCUCGAGGAACUUUCAAUAAAUUAUGCGAAUGAACGGCUACAAUUAUAUUUUAUGCGAGAUUAUUUAGAAUCAGGACAUCAGGAAUUAUUGGAGGAAGGUUUAAGUGAUUUACCAACUCCAAGAAUUAUAGACGUCUAUCGAGAUCGAUUAAAUGCCAUUGAAGUUAAUUUAUUUACAGUCUUGAAUGAUGCCAGUCAACAUUCAGUACAAAAUAAAAAUUUUCAUCUAAAAAAUCAAUUUCGAAAAGUCGACAAUAUUUUUUUUAAACUGUCCAAAAAUAAUGAGACAUUUAUCAUUAAUCACUAUUCGCAACCAGUCGAAUAUUCUUUGCAAGAUUUGCUCUCAAAAAACAGUGACAAGGUUCCAAAUGAACUGGCAAAUAUUUUUUCUGAGUCGUCAAACAGUCUUUUGAAAUUCUUAUCAGCCAUGAAUGAAAAUAAUUUUCAGAAUAAGGACAGUAAAAUUUAUACAAGAAAAGGAACAACUCUGGCAAAAGUCAAACGCAGUUUAGAUGCUCUUUUGAAAGAACUCAAAAAGUGUGACACUAAUUACGUUAAAUGUGUAAUGCCAAGAUUUAUCGAAAAUUCUUGGGACAAAAUAGAAUUAAAAAGACAAUUAAUUUAUACGGGAAUUUUAGACGCUUUACCACUUGCUAGAUGUAAAUUUUCAAUUCGUCUCCUUUAUGAAGAAUUUAUUAAACGUUAUUCGAAAAGGGACUGUGAUUGGAAAAAUAUUUCCUCCCCAAUAAUUGACUCCACUUUUCAUAUUCAACGAUGUGAGGAAAUUCUUAAAGAAUCAUCAAACAUGGAAAAUGAAUCGUCAAUGAUUUUUUUCGGAAAACGUUUAAUUUUCCUCAACGAAUCAUUUUUCUUCAAAUUAGAAAAUCAGAGAAAUAAAUAUCUCAAUCAUUGUGCACUCAAGAUACAAAUUUUUUGGAAAAAUUAUCAAUUAAAAAAAGUUGCGAGUCUAAAUGUCAGAGAAUCAACUUCAAUUGUCGAGAAAAGAAAAAAAUCAAUUCUCCACAAAUUAUUGUCGAACAAUAAAAAUUGCACGAUUGUAGAAAAAUCAAAAAAUACACAAAAAUUAAAUGAUAGCUCGAGGCUUGAAUUAAUAGAUUUCACAAAUUCUUUGCAUAUUAAAUCCAAUCAAUAUGGACAGUGUCAUAGUACUAUUUCAUUUGAACGUAACGUAUUUUUUUACAAUAACCGAAUUAUCAGUCGUCAACGACUUGCUGAAGUACCUAUUCGAUUCCACACUCGACUUACAUGCCUGUCGAAUUCUCAUUGUUUGCCAAAAUCAGAAUUGCCAAAUGGCCUCGAGGACUGUCUUUGAUUUCCAAUAAGUGUCUAAAAAUACGAUUUAGUUUUAAUUUAUAGUUUAUUGGAAAAAUUUAGUUAAUUUUAAAAUUAUAGUUGAGUUUUGUAUUUUUGGAUAGUUCAGUUAUAGUUGGUGUUUGUAUAAUCAAGUAAUUAAUAUAAUAAAGAAAUAUUUGGAUAUUUUA